UCAAGUUGAAGCGGGUUCUAAAAAUUCAAAGAUGGUGGAAAAUUCAUCGAAUUUAUAACAUUUGCAAUAUAUUUAUGAAAAAAUCAACAGAAAAACUGUAAUGACCCUUACAAAAACUUUGACUUACAGAAUCAUGGAUAUUAAGUCAUCGCUCAGAAGCUAUGUCAGUCGCAAAAAGGGUCAGAAAUCUGAAGAACGAGACAAUAAGGAAGAAGAAAUGGAAAUGUUUGAUCAGCUGUAUAGAGAAUGGAAAGGUGUAAAAAAUAAUUGUAAAUAUUUACCAAGUCUGUAUACAAAGCUACCAACAACCGAUGAACCAUUGUUAUUGAAAUUAAGAGAAGAUUCUAGAACCAAUUUUUUACAGCGUAGAAGUCAAGAAAUAUUAGAAAAUGAUGAAUUACAGAAAUUAUGGUUUUUAUUAGAUAAACAUCACACACCUCCUGUAUUAGACGGGGAACAAAUGAUUAGUUAUGAAGAUUUUCUUCUUGUAUCAGAAAAAGCUGGGGCAAAGUGCAAAUCUUUUUUUAAUCCAUCAGUAUUUUGUAAAUUAGUUCAAACAGAUCCAUAUGGUAGAAUCUCCAUUAUGCAAUUUUUUAAUUAUAUUAUGAGAAAGGUGUGGUUACAUCAAACUAGAAUAGGUUUAGCUUUAUAUGAUGUUGCCGGUCAUGGCUAUCUUAGAGAAUCUGAUUUAGAGAAUUAUAUAUUAGAACUUAUACCAACACUGCCACAGUUAAAUGGUUUAGAGAAAUCUUUCUACUCUUUUUAUGUGUGUACAGCAGCUAGAAAAUUCUUCUUUUUUCUCGAUCCUAUAAAAACUGGUAAAAUAAAGAUAGUUGAUAUAUUGACCUGUAGUUUCUUAGAUGAUUUUUUAGAGUUACGUGACGAGGAAUUGUCUAAAGAAUUCCAAGAAUCUAACUGGUUUUCUGCCCCUUCGGCGCUACGUGUUUAUGGCCAGUAUUUAAAUUUAGAUAAAGACAGAAACGGAAUGUUAAGUAAAGAAGAAUUAGCAAGAUAUGGAACUGGCACAUUAACAGAUGUAUUUUUAGACCGAGUGUUUCAAGAAUGUUUAACAUAUGAGGGUGAAAUGGAUUACAAGGCAUACCUAGAUUUUGUUUUAACAAUGGAGAAUAAAAGAGAAUCUCAGUCAUUAAGAUAUUUAUUCCGAAUCCUUGAUAUCAACGGUGCUUCUAGUCUUAAUGUAUUUUCAUUAAAUUAUUUCUUUAGGGCAAUUCAAGAAAAGAUGAAGUUACAUGGACAAGAACCUGUUUUAUUUCAAGAUGUAAAUGAUGAAAUAUUUGAUAUGGUUAAACCAGCUGAUCCACUUAAAAUAACAUUAGAAGAUUUGAUCAAUUGUGGAAAAGGUGAUACAGUUGUCAGUAUUCUCAUAGACUUAAAUGAUUUCUGGACUUAUGAAAAUAGAGAAUAUUUAGUACCCGAGAUUAGUGAUGAGACGGACAUCUGAUCAUGUCCAUAUAAAACAUUCCAGAAAACUACACAGUUGAUUUGAAAGGGUUGGUGCUACCCAGUUGUCAAAUUUUGAAAGGGAAAUGAAUGAAUACAUAUUUUUGUGUCACAAGUAAAGUUUAAAUGCUCAUACAUGUAUAACUACAUGUAUUUAAUGUUGUCAUCAUCAAACUUUGGAAGAAUUGUGUUGUUAACAGUUAACAUCUGUGAUAACUUGCUACACAGUAUACUUCAGUAAAUCCUGUACAGUACAUAUACUGGUACUAAGUACAGUAAUACAAGUAUAUGGUGUACUGAUUAGUCACAUUAGUAAAUUGUGUACUAAGUACAGUAUGCAUUUUAAGCAUUAACAGGUACAGUAAACGAGUUAAUCAUUUAUAGGUACAGUAAACGAGUUAAUCAUUUACAAGUACAGUAAACAAGUUAAUUAUUUACAAGUACAGUAAACGAGUUAAUCAUUUAUUCUACAAUAAACGAGUUAUCCGUUUACAAUAAUGCUAGUAAAUUGUGUUCUACAUGUAUGUACAGUGCAAGUACAGUAAUACUAGUAAAGUGAGUAAUGAUAAUAUUACUGGUAAAUUGUGUACUGGUACAGUGAUAAUAGCAAAUUGUGUACUGGAUUCAUUAUACUACUAGUAAAUCAUGUACAGGUAUAUUAUGUUUGUAAAUAAUGCAUGGCUCAAGAACACAGAAUAUAACAAGAUUGUUAACUUUAUUUUAUAUGUUCUUUGACUAUUAUGGGACUGAGAUUCGUGUGUUUAUGUAUUUGCUGUGUUUUUACGACAUAUAUACAGACAUUCCACUACCAUUCUGUUCUUUGUCUUUCUUAUCUUCUACAUGUAUCUAAAAGAUUUAUUAUAUUUUGCCUUAAAGUAGCUAAGUCUCUAACUCAAUAUCAUCCAAAAUCUUCAACAUUGAAAACAUGAUUUAUUUGUCAAAUUAAAUCAACAUUCAUGUUGUGAUCUUACCGGAAAAAGAUGUGCUUUUGAUAUCCAAUAUUAAAGACAAAAUAAACAUUUUACCAUUGGUACACGAAUCAUGUACCAUAAUGCGCUUCAGCCCCGGUUGUAUCAAGAGACUCGAGGGACGAGGCUAGACACAUUGCACCAAAUCAAACGGCGCAUUUAGACUGUAAUAACCAGACGCUAGAUAUUUGCACUCAAUUGAGACUUCUGGCUUAUUUCGCCGAACAUAACUGAUUUGAAAUUGGAAUAAAACGGAAACCAUUGAAUGUAAAUCAGUUUAUAUACAUUCAUAUUACAGUAUUAUAUGCGUUGCGACCCACUUUUGUGAAUUUCUAGGUCUCAAAUGUUAGCGAUUUAGCGCCUUUAAAUACUGUCAAGAAAAUUAAAGCAUUAAUCAUAAUUUCCUACUUCCCCAAAAAUAUAUUAAAAAAUGUUAUUAAUUUGUUCAAAUGUUCUGUAGAAAUGUCUAGUUGUUUUAAAGCGGAAAUUUCAAAUUUUUAAGUUAUAUUUUUAAUAUUUAUUAAAAUAAAGCCUUAAAAUAGAUGGUAUCCAUAAACAGUCCUACCUUGUUAAAGAAUAAUCCUAUUAAUCCUAUAAUUCACUAUUGCCAGCUGAGAAAUUGGCAAAAAUAUCAUUUUCAACUUCAAAUUCCAACGUUGAGGAAAUGGCUGACCAUUGUUUUCAAUAGGAAAACAAGGGAGGUAAUUCUGUUGUUAUUUCCUGUGUAAAUGAGUUUUAAGUGUGAGAAUGACACCUAUGAUCGUAUAAUAGUGAGUUGACUUAUGUUUUGACUUUCUUAGAAAAAAUGAAAUUCUCGAUUUAACAAAAGUUCUAACCUGUAACCAUGUUUCAGUUCCGUCCAUACAUGCGUUCUGGCUCUGGGUCAGUAAAAGUUAAGUAAUUUCAUACUGGUCAUCCUGUCAUAUGAUUUGUUUAUACGACAAUUGGGGCAAUCACGGAACAAGGAGGAAUCAAGGGCUAUUAUUUAUUAGACUACACCUUUGUUUGGGGAAGAUUAAAGGUGAAAGAAGAUUCACUGCCAAUUGAUGUUUUAUCAGCCUACAAUUAGUCAUGUGUUUUUCUGGGUAUAUUUAAUGUAAAAUAAAUGGUUACUAAUACAGUAAAGAUAUAGCCUACUGAAACAAAGAUGUGUGUCCAAUAUUAGAUUAAAGCAGUAUACACAUUAGCCAAAUCAAUUACCGCUGAAAUUCACCUAGUUUGUCCAGUGUCAUUCGCCUGAUUUUUAGAAUUCAUUACCCGAUCACCGCUGGUGUCGAGUAGUCUCAGUAAUUUCGGGAAGUCUCAGGAUUGUUUAAACCAUGGUCGCUGCCAUGAUUAAUCAUGUGACGCCAAAGGUGAUGCAAUCGACUGGGGAAUCGGACAGAGAAUUCGCCUAGUGUAUCCACUAAUUCGGUUGUAUGGAUUAGGCUGCCAUUCGGCGUCCAUUGAUUCGACCGAUUAAUUUGGCUAGUGUGUCCACCGCUUUAGGUAUAAGCUAAAGCUUUGGGCCUCAAAAAACUUCAGAUGUAUUUCCUUUUGAAAUGGCAUAAAUUGCUAUAAAGUAAUCCAAAGGCGUCCUCUGACCACCCGAAAUAUCAUAGUCUAAAUCUGACACAGUAUUUGAUAUUUCUCUUUGAAUCACAAUUCAUUAUCAUUUAUCAAAACUAUAGAUGUUUUAUGUAUAAAUAAUAUUGUUGUGAUAAUUACAAAUAAACUUAUAAAUAGUUAA